UCAUGGCCAAAAUGCCCAGGUUUCAAAAAAGGCGGACUAUUAAAGGAACCAGUAUUCCUUCAGCUCUCGUUCGAAGUGGUCCGAACGGAGGCAGAUGGUGAGAAAACGGUGCUCUACAAAAGUGAAAUGUUGAAGAAUGCUUCUCGAGUGGUUUGGAAGGCGUGCACAUUAUCUUGCCAGGAGAUCAGUGAUGAAGCAUCAAGGCAGCUGGAGGUCACCUGCUAUUUCAAGGACGAGAAAUAUCGUAGCACCAUCGCUGGCGGCUUCACCACAACACACCGCGAAUUGCGAACCGUUCAGGAACCAUUUACUCUCACCAAUCCCCUUUACAAAGGCGGCCUGAAGGUUUGCGGUCAAUUCGAUGUGAUCAAACGCGCCGAGCUCACUAUCUGCUCUUUCUUGGACUACAUCAGUUUCGGUACCAUAUUGAACUUCGCGUUCGCUAUCGACUUUUCGGAUGCCGAGGGAGCGCAAGACCACGAAUCACAAGUGAACUUCACCGACAACGUGGAGUUCGCCAUUCGCUCAGUUGGAGACACCUUUGCUGACUACAAUCGAUCAAACGCCUAUACCGCCUACGGUUUUGGUGCUCGAAUACCACCCCUUUAUCGAGAAUCGCACGAGUUUUGCUUGAAUCUUGAAACGGAUCCCACGUGUACCGGCGUCGACGGUGUGGUGACGGCAUUCCGAAACACCUACGUACAGGCACAACCGUGCACAACUGCACAGUUCUCUCAUGUGAUCUACCAUGUUGCC